AUGCUUUUCAAGGCCGCUAUUCUCUACACUCUGAGCGCUGUCGUUGCGGCCUCGCCUGUUCUUCAGGAAAGGGAGGAUGUCACCUGGAUCAGACCUGAUCCGGCAAUCUUUGUCUGCAAGAAUCUCGACGCUUGGGAUACAUGUGCGAAGGCAUACUCAUACUGCUCGAUCGCCCUCAACUAUCCUAUCGAGGCUUGCUACCGCCACUGCUAUUACCACUGUAACGAAUAA